AUGCGUCGCUUUGAAAUAAUCCUUCGCGUCAUAUUGCGUACCGCAACAGGCCAACACACUUCGCACGCUACGGAGCAUCUAGAGACUUCCACAAAUCCGGUUACAACUGACAAUCCUGCUUAUCUUCCUACCAUCCCGCCGCUGGAUUCAAACACUGCGCGCGGAGGUCUUCUGGCGGUUUCUCCAUACGUACGUAGAAAAUGUGUCCUUUCCUGACGGUGGGACCUGAUAAAACAAACAUGCCCAGAAUCGUCGCAGCAAACGACGUCCCUUCUCCAUUCAUGAACUCCCCCUCCUCUCAUAUCCUUAUGUGCACUACGAAUCUACAAAAUUUUUGCAUUCGUCCUCUCAUACCUAAAUUUGGGGUGUUCCGUUAACUAUCUGAUUACAGAAAACAGGAAAAUUACCAUGUUUUUGAUCGACAUUUGGGAAAUAACUUUCGAGUUGCCUUAUUUUGGAGACAAAGUGUGUUUGCAACAGGAUUCGUUAAUGUGAUCAGUUCUAAUGUGACGACAUUCCGAGGCACCUUUAAAACUUAUGCACUAUGCCCCAGAUGUUGUCGAACUCAUUCUGUACAUGCUGUCAAGUGAGGAUGAGUCCUAAUAUACAGAACAAUGAACUCUCACUCGUCCCAUUAACAAAUCAUUAUAUUAAUACAUCAAAUGCUUACCCGGUGUCUGUAGAUCUUGGUUCCUCGGUGCGAGACACUGUAAUUUUUCUUUUAUUUAAUUCGUGUGGCUGGGACUCAAUCACCUUCGUUGCCGAUUCAAGGUCACGGAAGACAACAAAACCACGAUCGAGUCGUUUAAACCUUUCCACCAAUCUGACGUCCUUUAUAAGGCCAAAUUUGGAGAAGUACUCAUGCAGAUCACUUUCGGUUACCGCUUGGGGCAGGGCUUCAAUAAAAAUUCUGUUCGGGUUCGACUUCUGCGUCACUUCGUUUUUGGAUCUGGGUCAAAGAAUCAGAGAAGUCAAAGUUAGGCCUUUUCAAGAGGCAGGCGCACGCUACAUAGUCUGGGGCAAACUGCCUUGUGAAUCAACUUUUUUAUUGUUGAAUUUGAGGCCUGAUUCUGAUUUUCAAGCGAACAUUAUGUCUGCAGGAGGAUCAUUAGGCUAUCCUGAUUGCCAUAAAAGCGUUCACCGCAUUGGUACUUCGUUGCCGAGACUGUUCAGAUUAUAAACUUCCUGCGGGCAGUCAGAGUUCUGAACGAUGGCUUUGAGUGACAAUCCGAAACAUCAGGCUAAUAAACUGCUUCUUCCAGCGAUCAGAUCUUUUUCUUCUAAAUAUUCGAGAUGUCUUAGCGAUUUCGUCCAAACUUCCCCUGUGUCCUCAGUAUUUGUCAAUACCCCGAUCGAGGCAACUUUUUUUUCCGUCACCGUUUGAGGUAGCACGCUCAACGACCCAGUGAAUACCGGAUCAACCCUCCGGUGAUAGGUGUACUAAAAUGCUCUGAUCUAGCUUUCGGGAACAACGGCCAGACGCAACAAAUUUCCUGGCAGAUUGUUCCUCAAAACUUUACCACCCUAGGCAGGAGUAAAUGUAGAUGUUUGUUGCAACAUUGGCUAAAAAUACGUCGUCGUACACGGUAGACUUUUUACUUUGUAGGCACCUUACGAACCCUCUCCUCAUCUAUGAGCGUUUUCAUACACAUUCCCAGCCCUGGCCUGUCUAGAACCCUGUCCUCACCACAGUGCUCACCGUUAGGUGUGGUUGAAAAUCACAUUCAAAUUUAAAACAAUUCAGUGAAGAGCAUCGAAUUAUGGUAGGCAUUAAAAGAGGGGUUGGUCUACCUACUGACUACUAUAUUUUUAUUUUAUUUUUAUUUUAUUGUAUUUUACAUAUUUUACAUAUUUUAGUUACAUACAUAUUACAUAUUAAAUUACAUAUUACAUAUAUCACAUAUUAUAUACAUAUUUACAUAUUACAUAUAACAUAUAUUACAUAUUACAUACAUAUUUGCAUAUACAUAUUUAUAUACAUACCUACUGACUAUCAUAUUUUUAUUUUAUUUUAUUUUACAUAUUUAACAUAUUUUUCACAUAUUUUACUUAUUUUACAUUUUUAUUUUUAUUUUACAUAUACUCCGCUUGUUGGAUGCCCGAAAAUUGGGCCAAAGCUUUCAAUGCACUUGGAAUAAUGAUUCGUUUCAAAAUUGAUCAAUGCAAUGAUUAAAAUGAUAGAGCGCGGUUAUUUUUCAGCAGCCAUGUAACCAGCAAUUAUAAGAUUUCAGACUUGCUUGGAAAACCAAACAAGAGAAGUGUGGGGUUACAAGUAUUUCCCUCGCACUUAAGUUGAGCUUUUGCUAAGCCCCAAGGUCGUACCAAGUACUGCCGCCUAGUUUCAUCUAUAAUCUUACCAACAUUUCAGUCCAAACCACCCUUUCCAUAUUACUACGAAUGCCAGCCCUCGCCCUUACCCUUACUCCAAAUGCAAUACGAAGAGGGCGUGGCCUCGAUCGUAUCUCAUCAGACGGACAUUUUUUUAUAACAACCGUGUGCGGAACGCCAUUUGUAUUUGAGCAGAGUGAUACAGUAGGCCGCGUUACUUAACAGCUACGAAGCCAACAUCCCGGUCCUUCUAAUGGUACGCGAAUUUUGAGAGUUUUCUAGAUCUUGGUUGGCAUGCACUCUCAGUCCUCACUUUUCCACUAUUCUCACCUACCUCAACUCUCGCCACCUGUCACAAACCUGACUGAGAAUUUGGUGUUUGGCAACGUGUGUGCACAGAAAAGUAUAAACGCAUAUCAGUGGUGCUACUUUGAGUUUUUCGCAAGGCAGACGAAAAAGCGGGUAGUUCUUAUGCAUAGUUUCUUGCUUUGCACUUAUUUGCACAAUGUGCAUCAGGCUACUUUGAUCACAUAAUUAAGAGAUCUGAAAAAAUAUUGUUGCAUCCGGUGUGUUUAUUCUCGUCUACUUCCCUUUCUUCAUCCCUCUCGGGCUUCCCCUGCUAACACUCAACGUUACUGCCAGUAUCUUAUUCAAACCGAAGAUCGUUCGACGGCAAAUUUGUUACCUCCAUGCACUUUUCGCAGCUAACUAUUUUACCUAGGCAAAAUCUCAGCGCCAAAUACUGGGCGGGGAGGUCGUUGCGCUUGUUGAUUGAUUGGAGACCGGAAAACCAUGACUAGAACAAUUCACAGUUCACGCGGUUGCUGUAUGUAGAAAGAAAUGUUGUUAUGUCAAACUGGAAUGAGUGGUUGCGUCCCUCUGAAUAAGCCGCGACCUGCAAGAUGGCAUCGCUCCUCCUCACUGCUACCGCGUGCUCGGUUAUCCGCGUCCGGAGUAGUCUUCCGGUUUCUUUGACAUAGUCACUUUGCCCACAACUACACAAGACCCGGUGAACGACUCCAUACGUUUACCCGUGGCAGUGGAUCUUUCGGUCUCAUGAUCUGGCGCCUUAUAGUUGCCUCCGGUCUGUGUGCAACCCCAUGUCCAAGGGGCGUAGAAGGACUACUGACGACUUCCAAGAAAUUUUCACAUAUGGCAGAGCUCGCCAAUAUUUGGGGUUAAUGGAAUCCUUCUAUGACCUCGAUUCCGCAGGCACUGGUGGACGAAGUUUUGGGGGUCGCCAUUGAAAGGUAGUGUAAUUCAGCAACCUUACCUGACUCUGUCUCUAAUGAUGGAUCUAAGUGAGAAUCCGAAACGUUGGGCUGAUAAAGAAAAGGUGUACUAUGUCGCGUGGGGCCACUCGCCAUUGCUCUCUAAUGAUAGAUGAAGGAGCAGGAAGUGUAUGAAACGACAUUUUGAUGUUCAUUUGUUUACAAGCGCUAAUCGAAAAGUGCACAAUCUGGCCUUCUUUCCAUUAGUCCGGCCUCUGUCCUUCUGUCUGGUACUCAACGCCGAAUGCAUGCGGUCGGGUGAAGUUAGGAGCCGUCUUACAAACGACCAAGCGGAAGGUAGUGAUUUGCGAUAGGUAUCAAAAUAAGAUAUGACUUACCCACAGAGGAAUGUUCAGUCCCCUACGUACUUAGUUCCCUAUGUUCAUUUUAUAGAUAUGCCCAUAUUUUUCCUCUUUCAACCUACCUGCAAUAACGGUUUAGUGUUAAAAUGAUCCAGUAGGAAACUUUUGAACUUCAGUAGUGGCCUUCAAUUACAAGACUUUGGGUCUGCUCAGAACUUACUAGUGGUGUGAAAAUGGUAACACACAUCGCCACGAAAUCCCUAUUUCUUAAAAAAUGAAAACCGGUCGGGAAAUGCGCAGAUGAUAACGCCUAGAAACUGUGACUUUCCGUUUAAUUUCAAAAGGGUACAAAGUUUAGCGUCCUAGCUUUAACCCUAAGUAUAAAUCUUACGCUGGUUGCGCCGAAAUUCGUCGACAAUCUGCCUGUAGUAUAAAAAUAAGAAGAAGGAGAAGGAGAAGGAGGAGGAGGAGGAGGAGGAGGAGGAGGAGGAGGAGGAGGAGGAUAAGGAGGAGGAGGAGGAGGAGGUAUUUAUAACCCUGUCUUGCUAG